AUGAAUUGAUCCGAUGUAUUACUUCAUAUUUCUGUGAAUUCCUCUAUCCUCGUCCAAUGGUUGAUCUUCCUCGUCGUCGUAGCUGCCCAAUAUUAGCACAUUUGGCAAAUAUCGCCCACCGUAACGCAUCGCAACCUCCAUCCAAAGUUUUGUGAAGACCAACCCUGAGAAUCUCGCUGCAUGGUAUUGUACCUGCAUCCGCCUCGUCACGAUCAUGGCCUCAUUAUUUUCCAAAGCUCUUCGGAGGCCCCAAACAUUAUUCGUCCAGAACCAAUGGAUAUGGCGAACGCCCGCGAUCCGGGCCGCCUCGACGGUUGAGAGCGACCCUAAAGCCCGACCAGCAAAACGAGAAGCUGAAGAGGAGGGGAUCCGUGAACAGCUCGAAUCCCUCGAGAUCGGUUCAAAAUUCACGCCCGAACAAGAUGCUGCCCGUGCCGCGAGGCAGGCCGCAAGACGAGAAGCGAAAGAGGCUCGAAUGCGUGAAAAGCUCGAUCCCAACUACCAGGCCGAGCAAGAAGCCCUCCGCGCCGCCAGAGAACAAGCCAAAGCCGACGCUGACGCGGAGCGACUCCGUGCGAAGCUCGAAUCCAUCGGUAUCCCCGAAGCGCCCUUCUUCAUGGGCCAGAAAGAAGUCUACCUCCCCAACAUCCGCAUCGCCCUCCUCAAAACCCCCCAACACCCCCCCUCGUUCGCCAAGUUCCUCGUCCCCCUCACCUGGAACAAGCUAGACCUGCGCGACUACCUCUGGAACGUGUACGGGGUGCACGCGGUGCGCGUGCGCGUGUACGUCCAGCUGCAGCGCGUGCGCAUGGACAAACCGCGUGAGAAGUACCCGGCGGCGCGCCGCUGGUUCCGGCCGCAGAGCAAGAAGUUUAUGACGAUCGAGAUGGAUGAGCCGUUUUAUUGGCCGCCGGACCCGGAGGAUUUCGUGGAGUGGGAUAAGGACACGUUCGACGCGGCGAACAAGACGAAGAUCAAGGAACGAGACUCGCGGAUGCCGAUCGGGGCGAUGGAGAAACCGGCGGGGGCGGCGGACCUGCGGGCGCUGGCGAAGAAGUUUGUGACCGGGUCGGAGAAGUGGACGCCGCCGACGGAUCCGUUUGGUCUGGAUCGGCAUCUGAAGAAGUAGUUGAUGUGAGCAGGGUGAUUGAGAGGACGGGUGGAGGGUUGUAUGAUAACAGGAAGGGUCUUGCUGAUGGUGGGCGGACAUGCAUCGUGGUUGGGUUCGAAACGGUGUAUGGACUGGCCGUCGACUUGUACGAUACACAGGGAUUGAAGGUGGUCAGGAUGAGGUACAUUACUGUUGUCGCUGGAUACUGGUCAUAAACCGAUGAGGGGCCAUCACACCCCUGAAGCUGCUCUUGGUACAUGAUGGGACCAUUGGUACGUCUACGAGAUAUUCAGUCCGAGAUAUAUAGAAUCUAGGAUGGUAUCUGCACGAUUGACUCCGUCAUUGCGGUAAAUGUAAGGUAGCUCAAGCUUGACUACCGCUGUUACAUUUGUUGCCUUAUGGACGCUACGUCGGUCCUAAAUCCUACGAAUCUAACGAGU